AUGCGUUCACAGUUCUCGUCAAUCGGAUUGGCCUACUUCCUGUUGGUCGCCAAUUUCUACUACCAGUCGAAUGGGUUUAACGAUCAUUAUACAUUGAGCUACUCGUUUUGGAAAGUGACCCCAAUCAUUUUGCUGACAGCGUUUGCUUAUCUGAAUGGCGGUGGGCUGGGGAAGGAGCACCGAAAAACAAUGGCAGCUGGAUUGUUUUUCGGUGGUGUCGGAGAUUGGAUCAUUGGAAUGCGUCACGAUGGAAUCAUUCUGGGAGCGUUGGCUUUUGGAAUCGGACAUCUUUUUUAUUUGAGCCUCUUCCGACACCAUGAAACCAAAGUCCAUAGCAAAUUCCUCCUUGGAAUGCUCGCCUGGGCUCUAGUCAUUGGACAACUCUGCUUUGUUCCAAUGCUAGCUGACCAUCGGGGUCCAUUGGUUGUGUUCGCAUCGUAUUCUCUUCUUCUAUCCACUUGCACACUCACAGCCGUCUCACAAUUUCUCAACGGAUCGAAAUCACAGAAUAAGGAGGGUCUACUAUACCGUGCCAUCGGCUUCUUCCUCUUCUACAUCUCCGACUCUGUCCUGAUGCUCUCCCACACUGGAUACUGGAAAUUGGCUCCAUCGUUCUGCGUACUCUCCACCUAUUACACCGCCCAAUACUUCAUCCUUUAUGGAAACACAAUGGCAGUUCCAACAAUGUUAUCACCGGCUCAGUGCCUUGCCAUAUAUGGCGGGUCCACACUUUUGGCGUACAUUGAGACGUCAAAGUUCGAGAAGAAUCAUCAUGUUCUGUUGAGUGCUCCAUUGGUUAUUCUGGCCAUGUUGUCAUUGGCGACGACGAUGAAUCCAAAAGCUCGAUUCGCCACAGCAAUGUCCUUCUUGAUGUCUGCCAUUGCCACAUACUUCCAAUCGGUGAAUCGGACAGGACCAACAUCGGCGAUUUUCUACACUAUUGCCAACGUCUUCUACUACUUCUCAUAUAGAGACAUCGUCACCAAAGUCUCAUCUCCAAUCAUUUUCCUUGCCUUCUGCCUCUCCUUUGGUCAAUUCCUCCACCUCAUCCAAGACCUUCUUGUCGCGAUCCCAUUCCUUGCAACCAUCCUCACCAUCCUCCUAGCCUCACAUGUCCUGAUCCUUGCCACCUCUGCAAGCCUUUGUCAAAAUGGUCAACAUGGAGAUUACGACGCUCGCCAAGCCUCGACAAUGCGUUUAGUCGGAUCCGUUCUCGCCUGGAUCAGUACCUUCCUCCUUCUUAUCAACUCGUUCCAAACCCAUACCAAAGCUCUUCACUCGGUAUCCCGUAUCAUUUUUUAUCUUGGAAACGCCAUGCUUUUCAUCGCUAACGAACGUGCUUUUUAA